GUCUCCUCCUACUAAACCGGAUGACAGCCAGUCUUCUCCUGCUCCACGUAAACACGCUUAUCCUGAUUCUGCAAAAACUGCUCAUUCUCAGUCUGCUCUUACUCCCGCAUAAGUUUGAAAGUACAGUUCUAAUGAAUGAGAAUAUGCCAGAGUGCUUUAAGCGUUUUAGACAGUAUCAAGAAAGGGCUUUUGAAACAGCCAAAAUUCAAGACUUAUUGACGUGUUUGGUGAGACAAUAAUUACAAUACUCGACCUAGAACAAGAUAACAGUCCUGAGUAUAUUAAUCACACAAUAAGCAUCUGAAUCUGAAAUUAAUGACUAGCAACAUUUCUCCACAAUAAUAUAAAUUCCCAUUAGACCUUACAGAGGAAAUAAUCAUUCUACUUCAUCUGAAGAACAAUAAAAACACUCAAGUUCAUAGUCAUCGACUUAC